AUGCGCGGCGAUCUGUGCUCCCAUGCCGACGGCACACUGAUUCUCGAACUACAGCACCAGGGUCUCCGCAUCCCUCUGCAGCCUGUUCCAGUUAUCGACAACAACGGUUACAUGUGCGUUGACCCACCGGUGGACAUUCGGAGAGAGUUGCUCAACCAUAAGGAGAAGUUCGCCGUGAUGGAGCAUGGCAUACAAGUUCUUACGGUCAAGAUCGAGUAUCUCGCCAUCCGCAAAGGUGUGACGUCGGACGAGCUGAACGCAGGAGCGCGCCAACACUUGGGUGCCCUGGGUGACACGCCGGAGGCGACGGCGACGCCACGAAAGAACGCAAAAACCGAGUACACUGCAGAUCAAGGCGGCCAGCUGGACAUCGCACGGAUACCUCAGACGCGUAUAAUGACGUGGAUGGCUGCUAUCUCACCAUGCCCUGCACCGCGCACACGUGCCCUGAGAGAUGGCCUGCUCCCUGCCAUGAACACGACACCUGCUCUGGUCAGUCGACAGGAGCGUGGCCAUCUUGCACUAGCGCUGCGCAGCCGCGAUAAGUCUCCCAGCAGGCAGUUCCAGGGAUUGGAAGAAGCGCAUCCCACCGGAGCUCGUUCCAGGCGCAAGGGCAGAGUGUCACAAGCUAUCGAUGACGUGAAGGAGGUGGAGGCGGCUACGCAGGCCACAGAGGACCAGCCCAUGGCUGAAGAACCUGAGGACCCACCGGAGGACUACACAGACGACGAGGCGUUUGUGGACGAUGAUGAAGUAUAUGAACCAGGGAAGGAUGACAUGGAGGAGGAAGAUGAUUGGGAGGAGGUCAACUAUGACGGCAAUGCUGCAUAA